GCUUUACGUCAGGGUGAAGUGGGAGGAGCCUGGGGUAGCAGCUUCGGCCAGAGCUGAGCCGAGCCGAGCCGAGGGAAACUGUCGCUGUCCAGAGCCGAGUAGCGACUUCAGACUACACUGCCAAGAUGUCCGACGACGAGCAAGAACAGACUAUAGCCGAGGAUCUGGUCGUCACCAAGUACAAGAUGGGCGGUGACAUCGCUAACCAGGCUCUCCGUCUGGUCAUGGAAGCAGCCAAGCCCGGAGUGUCAGUGCUCAGCCUCUGUGAAAAAGGUGACGCCUAUAUAAUGGCUGAGACCGGGAAGGUCUUCAAGAAGGAAAAGGAAAUGAAGAAAGGCAUUGCGUUUCCUACCAGCGUCUCAGUCAAUAACUGUGUUUGCCACUUCUCUCCCCUGAAGAGUGACCCUGACUACACACUUAAAGAUGGGGAUCUGGUCAAAAUCGAUCUCGGAGUUCAUGUUGACGGCUUCAUCGCCAAUGUUGCUCACAGCUUUAUAGUGGGAGCCAGUAAGGAGAACCCCGUCACAGGCCGGAAAGCUGAUGUGAUCAAAGCAGCUCAUCUGUGCGCAGAAGCUGCGCUACGCCUCGUGAAACCUGGUAACCAGAACACUCAAGUGACAGAAGCCUGGAACAAGAUCGCACAGUCGUUCAAGUGCACACCUAUUGAGGGUAUGCUGUCUCAUCAGCUAAAGCAACAUGUCAUAGAUGGAGAGAAGACCAUCAUCCAGAACCCAACAGACCAGCAAAGGAAAGACCAUGAGAAGGCAGAGUUUGAGGUACAUGAAGUCUACGCUGUGGAUGUGUUGAUCAGCACUGGAGAAGGAAAGGCCAGAGACUCGGGUCUGAGGACUACGAUUUAUAAGAGGGACCCGAGUAAACAGUAUGGCUUAAAGAUGAAGACCUCUCGUACGUUCUUCAGCGAGGUUGAGCGACGUUUCGAUGCCAUGCCCUUCACUCUCAGAGCUUUUGAGGAUGAGGCCAAAGCCCGGCUCGGCGUGGUGGAGUGUGCCAAACAUGAGUUGCUACAGCCCUUCAGUGUGCUACAUGAGAAAGAGGGAGAGUUUGUAGCUCAGUUUAAGUUCACGGUGCUGCUGAUGGCCAACGGGCCUCACAGAAUCACCAACGGACCUUUAGACCCAGAGCUGUACAAGUCAGAGCAUGAAGUUCAGGAUGCAGAGCUAAAGACUUUACUACAGAGCUCUGCGAGCCGCAAAACACAGAAGAAAAAGAAAAAGAAGGCCUCAAAGACGGCAGAAAACGCAAGUGGACAGCCGACCGAGGACACAGAAGCCGCAGAAUGAAAACUGCCUUUCCACACAUGCAAGACUCCAAAGAAAAGCAAGAGAAAACAUGACAAACUUCCCUGAACUCGCUGCCCAUUCUCAACUCAGUAUAGCCAGUUAAACUGAUCAAUUCAUAAGAGCAUUGGCAUCAGUUGAAUAUUUGACAUUCCUGUGUGAAUUAUUAACCCUUUACUGCAUUCAUGAAGAGGGUUACAGCACUGAGGAUCCUACAGAAUCUUUACAGAUGGUUUCAGUAAAUUUGUUGCUGAAUGUUAAUUUUUCUUUUAAAUUUAUAAAUAUAUUAGUCCUUUUUACACUUGUAUUGUUGGCAGCUGAAAACUUUACUUUUGAGUAGACUGGGGCUUACAAGUGGGCAUUAAUGGGAGUAAACUGGCCUAAGGUUUGUGAAUUAUACCAACAGAAACUUGCAUCAUAUUUGUUUAAGGUGUCAUAUCAUAGAAUCUCCUGUUGUGUGGGAUUUGCCACAUUUCUCUUUGGCAACAAAGUUUCAUUUCAGGAGACUUAAAACUGAUUAUAUGUGUAAACAGACUUUUACAUUCAUGUGGAAAUCCAGAGGUUUGAUUGGCCGCCUUUAAAGCUCACUUUAAGUGCUAAUUUUUCAUCCACUUGAUUAUUAAGACAUUUCUUAACCACGCCAUGCAGUAAAGGGUUAAAUUAUAAUUUUAUCUCUCUCAUUAAUUAUUACAAUCUACAAAUGAUCUGACUGCAGGACCUGAGAAACACAGACAUGCUUACAAAUUGGUUUUUACUUAGAUUUUAUGUAUUGGAGGUUUAUUCUUCUAUAAUCAUGACCUGAGUACAUUUUUCGCUAAAGCUACGAUGUUUUACCUACACUAGAUUUUUAAAAGCAAUAACAGAAUUAGCAGAAGAGCAGAUAUUUUUAAGUAUACAGGCAACAAAGUUGUAAUCAGCUUGACCUAAGGGAACAAACUGCUACAUUUACUGCCAUUCCCCUUGAAUUUUAUGAAAAGAGAGAACUCUAUAACUGUAUGUUCCAGUUUAACAACAGGAAAAGGAAAAAAAGAAAACUUUUCUAUCAGUGAUUUGCUUUACUACAUCAUUUGUCUCGUGAAGCAUGACAGCUAAAGCCGAUCAGGUUUUAGGGAAACUCUUCUGGGUGUCUUCAGAGGAGUUGGACCAUGCAGAUCAUCUCUGGUCAGAGUUUGAUUUUUGAGAUCUGGGAUAAUGUUGGGUCACAUUUGUCAACAGGUGAAUAUGUUGGAAAAAAAAAAUCCUGCUUUGUAGCUCAGUCAUUGGGCAAUGGACCUUUACAUGAAAUAAAAAAACAUUUUCAUACA